CCACCAAGCGCCUCCUGGAGGAAUACGAGUUUCGUCGAAGACAGCUUGCAACAUUUUCCUCUGAAUGAAAUGCACGUGCGUUUGAGGUUUGAGGAGCAACACUUUAGUUGGCAAGAUCUCUGUCAUUUACGGUUUCCCAUUAGCGGUGACUAAGCACGAAGACAAUGACACAGCCAACAGACUCUGUUCUACACAGCGGUUACUUUCACCCCACUCUCCGAUACUGGCAGACCUGUGCUUCAGACCUUAGACCAGAUAACCUAAUUUAUCCUGUCUUCAUUACUGACAGUCCUGAUGCAGUGGAACCAAUUGCAAGUCUACCUGGUCAAACAAGAUAUGGUGUUAAUAAGAUAGAGGGUUUACUUCGUCCCCUUGUGGAUAAAGGCCUGAAGUGUGUGCUGAUUUUUGGAGUUCCUAAAAAAGUUGCGAAGGAUGAGAGCGGCUCUGGGGCAGACACAGAUGACACACCUGCAGUGCUGGCUGUGAAGAAACUGAGGAGCACAUUCCCUGAUCUUGUGUUGGCCUGUGAUGUGUGCCUUUGCCCCUACACCUCUCAUGGCCACUGUGGAAUCCUGCGUGAAGAUGGCAGCUUGGAUAAUGCUGCAAGCUGUUUGAGGUUGGCUGAAGUAGCUCUGGCUUAUGCUCGAGCAGGCUGCCAUAUUAUCGCUCCUUCAGAUAUGAUGGAUGGACGAAUUGCAGCCAUUAAGCAAGCACUAAUCGCAAAUGAUUUUGGCAACAAGGUGUCAGUGCUGAGCUACAGUGCUAAAUUUGCCUCUUGCUACUAUGGGCCAUUCAGAGAUGCUGCUCAAUCUAAACCUGCUUUUGGAGACAGACGAUGUUAUCAGCUUCCCCCGGGUGCCCGAGGACUAGCACUGCGGGCCUGUGACCGGGAUGUGAAAGAAGGUGCUGACAUGCUGAUGGUGAAACCUGGAUUACCAUACCUUGAUAUUGUGAGAGAGGUUAAGAAUAAGCACCCUACUCAUCCGCUGGCGGUGUACAAUGUAUCAGGCGAGUUUGCCAUGUUGUGGCAUGGAGCUGAAGCUGGAGCUUUUGACCUGCGCACUGCAGUUAUGGAGGCUAUGACUGCCUUCCGUCGAGCAGGAGCUGACAUCAUUAUCACCUACUACACUCCACAAUUGCUCACAUGGUUAACAGAGUAAUUGGGUAAUUGGAUAAAAGCAAAUGUACUGUCUCACCCAGAGAGUGAAAAUGGAAUUAGAAAUAAAUCUAAGCAGAUAUUACUACAAAAAUCUACAACUUUUUUCCAGGAUUUUUUUAUUUGAUUUAUAUAUUUAGUUAUAAACAUAUUCAGUCAGCUUUAGUUUUUCUAGUUCUUAAAUUUUGGCAAGCUUUAGUUUUUUUUUACAGAUGUUAAAUUGGUCAUUUAUUUCCUAAAUGUGUUUGAGUACAUCACAGAUUUGUUGUCAUUUUAAUGUGCAUCUAUAACACUGAAAAUAGACCUUAGGUUUGUAAUUACAGAUGUUUAGUUUUCAAAUUAAUUAACAUUUGACAGCGUGUUCCAGUUCCUGCCAAUAUCCAGCAACUUCGC